AUGCUUGGACCCCUCCACCUCUCGUGCCUGCUAGCCUUGCUAGCAGGUUCGGCCUCUCAGGUUUAUGCCUCAUUGCAGGUCGUGCCUGGGGGCACCUGGACGGCGUCCAACGGCGAGCACCUCAACGCCCACGGCACGGGCGCGAUCCGCGUCAACGGGACCUACUAUAUCAUCGGCGAGGACAAGAGCGGCGGCUCGGCCUUCCAGAACGUCAACUGCUACUCGUCGACCGACCUGGUCCGCUGGAAGUACGAGGGCGCACUGCUGUCGCGCACAGCCAGCGGUGAUUUGGGUCCUAACCGCAUCGUCGAGAGGCCGAAGGUGCUGUAUAACGACAAGACGGGCAAGUACGUCUUGUGGAUGCACGCCGACAGCAGCAACUACGGCGACGCGAAGGUCGGUGUUGCGACGGGGGAUUCGGUCUGCGGGAAGUAUACCUACCUGCGCAGCUUCCGGCCGCUCGGCUUCCAAAGCCGAGAUAUGGGGCUCUUCAAGGAUGACGACGGGACAGGCUACCUCCUGACUGAAGACAGAGACAACGGCCUUCGCAUCAACAAGCUCACGGACGAUUACCUCGACAUCGCGGGCUCGACCUCGACCUACCUAUGGAAAGACCAUAUCGAGUCGCCAGCCAUGGUCAAGAUCCAGGGGCGGUACUACAUGUUCGGGAGCCACCUGACAGGGUGGGACCCCAACGAUAACAUCUAUAGCACCUCCACCUCCCUAACAUCGGGUUGGUCCUCCUGGCAGACGUUCGCCGACUCCGGGUCGAACACGUACAGCUCGCAGGCGGCCUACAUCCUGGACUACGGUGAUGGCAACGUCGUGUACAUGGGCGACCGCUGGGUGUCCUCGAACUUGCAGGCGUCGACGUACAUGUGGCUACCGCUGACCAUCUCGGGCGCCAAGGUGACGAUGAAGAACGCCGAGGCCUGGGUGCCCAACCUGAGCAGCAGCUCUGGGGGGGCCGGCGCGUGGUCCCAGCCGCCGGCCGACACGUCGUACGAGGGCGAGAAGGCGGCCUACUCGGGCGGGGCGAGGGACGUCAGCUGCUCCGGGUGCAGUGGCGGGAAGGCGGCGGGAUACCUCGGGGGUACGGACAACCCGGGCAAGCUCAGCUUCAGCGGGGUUAAGAGCGACGCCGGAGGGUUGACGACGGUGAAGAUCAAGUACAACAAUGGGGAUAGCAGCCCCAGGUAUGCCAACGUCAUCGUCAACGGGGGUAGUCCGGUCAAGCUGGCGUUCGAGCCGAAUAGCGGGAAUCCGAGUAUCAGCACGCUGAAUGUGGAGCUAAAGGCCGGGAGUGAGAACACGGUCGUCUUCGAGGGGAUCGAUGGUGGUUGGGGGCCGGAUGUUGACCGCCUGUUGGUGCCAGUGCAGUAA